AUGGAAAAGACAUCUACAUCACGAGUUCAGCUUUGCAUUCCCAUACUAGAAGCAACCUUUGAUUAUGAUCCAACAGAUAUUCCUUUGGAUAUCUCAAAUGAUCCACUUCUAAGCGAAAUUAUUGUACCUAAUCAAUACAAGGCUACAGGAAAUUUGACAGAAAAGCCCUUAACUUAUGAUAUUAUUUAUAGACGUUACGACUUCAGGCCUUUUACCUGGAUAGACCUCUUAAAUCAAUUAUCAUCUUUUACUCCAAAAACACACAUCGAAGAAGAGGUUGUUCUCAGCUUUGCAUUUCACCAAUCUGUAUCGAUAUUCUAUACAUUCGAUAGGACUCAUGAAUUCCAUGGCAGUGAUUUUCUCAUAAUUAUACUUUCGAAAUUUGCGAAAUCGAGAUACAGCAAUCUUGUUGCAUCGAUAAUAUCAGAGCUAUUCGAAAUCUUUUUUGAUUAUGGUGUUGAAAAGAGAUUGGUCGAAAUUUUUCCAAAUAUAACAGAUUUUGUGCUCGAACUUCAAGAUGGAGCCCACACAUUAAUCAAUACUAUUGUAUCUUGUAUAGAUAGAUAUAUAAAUAACAACGGCUAUAACUUUGAAGGAAUUCUGCCACAGUUAUUAACUCUUGUGCAAAUGAUUGCUUCGGAUAAAGCCCAAUUUUUCGAAUUAUCUCACUUUAAUAUACUUUUCAAUGCAAUACGACCUCAAAUUUCUAAGUUAAAUGAUCUCGGUUUAUUCCUUCUACAAAAAAUCAACAUGUACUUACCGAGAGAGUCACAAGAGCUCUUUGUAUACGAUAUACUACAAUGCCUACCUUCAAUUAUUGAAGCAACUCCUCCUUUUGCAGUUGCCCAAAAAUUAGAUAUAAAUCCAGUUGAAUUUCCAAAGAAUUUAUCAACUGAAAUGAAAUUUAAUGAUGUCGUGACAUUCCCUAACGGCAUAAAUCUCAACAAAAACAUUUAUACAAAAUUCCAAUAUCCAGAAAUUUACAAAGUAAGCAUUUACUCCCAGAUAUCAGUUGCUUUUGAGAUAAUUGGUUCAAUCCCAUCAGAACUUGACCUUUUCCUUCCAAAAUUUUUCAAAAUUGUCGAAUCGAAGAUGGAUUCAGACUAUUAUCUUGAAUAUGUUUCAUACUAUGCACUUCUAUUAAGCUGUAUUUCCGAAAACAUGGACGGAUACGAAGUAGAUAUCCCUAAAUUAAUUUUAGAUCCGACAUACAGUUCAGAAAACAUCAAAAUGAUAUUUAUUAUCAAACUUCUUAGUGUAAGAUUACUAUUAAAGCAGGGAUCAGAGUCAUAUCUCAAGAUUUUCCAAACUUAUUUGCCAUAUCUUCCUCAAUUCACUCAAUUAGUGCAUAUUACUAUUGUUGAACACAAGAAUGUUGUUAAAUACAUCAAGAGAUCUCCGAAAUUCAUUCCAACAAUCGUAAAUGUGUCAAGAUUAUUAAGAGAUCUUAAUAUGACAAAAACUGACAACUCAAAUCUGAUUGAAGAAGCCAGAGAAUCAUUAUUUAUCAUGCUCAGUACUAUUUUCCGUGAAAAUGAGAUCUUUGACUUGUUUAUGGGAAAUUCUUUGUUCAUGUCAUUUUUUGUGUCACUUUUAUUCGAAGAAAACAUCCAAUUUUUUGCGAUUGAGCUUUGCAGGUCAUCAUUUAUGAGUAGUACAUCAGAUUUCCUUCUACAACAGUUCCAAAUGAUCAUUACACAGAUCUCUAUUAAUUCAUUUAAUUCUCUUCAAAAUCUAAAUUUAGUUUUUAUGAUUUUAGACAUGUUGAUUCACUCGAUUUCCGAAUUUGAUCCUGUUUCCAUUUUACUGCAACCUAUUCAUGAUCUCGUAAUGAACGUUUGUCAAACGGAAAUCACUCAGAAACUCAUGAAAACAAUUAUUAAGUUUUACACGAAAUUGAUUUCUUCAAAAAGUUUUGAUUUGAAAUAUAUAAAUGAAUUGGGAAAAACUCUCAAAAAAUUGGAAAUAAAUGACCAAGAGACAUUUGAUUUAUUGUUGAAACUAUUAGUCAAUGAUGAGGAAUUCUCGGGAACAGAAAUUUUCGAUUUCAAAAUUCCAAAUACUUGUUUGGCAAUUUUUGACACUUUUUAUCCAUCAAAAAGUGACAUAAUUGACAUUUUUAUGAAUUCCAUUAGUAAAAACAAAACAAAUGCGAUCAAAUUAAAUGAAUGCCAUUUCGAUGAACACAUCUUAACAUACAUAAUCCAAAAUAGAGACCAAAAUGACCAAAAAUUAUUGGAUUUGUUCUUUUUGAUCGCAUUAAUUGUUUCUUCUCCUUCUGUUGUUCAAUUGUAUUUGUCACUUUUCCAACCAGACGAUAACAGAUUUGCCAACAAAUCAUCAUUAUUUUAUUUAGAGCCAUUGAAGAAUUUAUUUAACAGGACUCGGAAAUUCCCUGCGAGUUAUUUUUACACAGGUGACAAAUUACGAUACCAACAUAAUUUUAAGAAUGGUUUUGGAAUGACAUUUUGGUUGAAAUUGUCAACUUUGAUGAGUUCUGAUUUGUUUUUAAUUGGAGAUAUAUCUAUAACAACAUCUAAUGGUUAUUUAAUGAUAAAGAACACAAAAAUAGAUUAUAUAAUAAAUGUCGAUGAAUGGACAUUUAUUUCUAUUAAUCUCAUUGAUACGAAAUUAUCUGUUUACAUCGAAAAAGAACAAUAUAUUUUCGAUUUUCCAAAUUAUUCAAUUAAAAACGGUUAUUUCCAAAUUGGCGGAAAGGGUGACGCAAAAUUAUCAUCUAUUUACAUUAAUGAACAAAUACCAUUCUCUAAGAUUGCAGCUAUAAGAAAUAGAGGAAUUAGAGAGCCAAUUGAUGAAUUAUCAAAUGGAAUUUAUAUAAAUUCCGAUCAAAAUUUACAAACAAGACCAUAUCAACAUUCUAGUUUUUGUAAUAUUUUGUUGAGAUUCUUUGGUGUGGAAAUAUUAUUACCUUUGUUUGCUCAAAUAGAUCUCAAAACAAGAGAUGGAAAAGAAAAUGAUUUGACUGCUCCUUAUAUUGUGUCACUUUUACAAUCAGCAAUUUUAGUUGAUUCCAAACAACAGAACAUUUUUUAUAACUCAAAAGGUGCAAAUCUGUUAUCUCACUUGUUAAUGUCAUUGGAAAUAAGUCACCUCACUUUUACAUUAUAUGAGUCACUUUUUGAACUUUACGAAAACCUCACUUUUGUUGAUUUGAAGCGCCAUUUCAUAGAAAAUAUCUUGUUGAACUUUGAUUUGUGGAUACCAAUGAAAAGUGAUGACCACAAACAAAUUUUGACACUUUUAACUGAAAAAUUCCAUUCAAAUGCUCAAUUUUUCGUAGAAGUUCUUCCAUUCUGCAAACUGAUCAAUAUCAUGAGAACAUUCUAUUGGUAUACAUGGCUUGAAUUGAACCAAAAUGGAGGAACAGACACAAAAAGACAAAGACCAGCAGAUUUUGACACUUUUGGAUGUCGACAUAUUUUAGGAUUAUUUGCGAAGAAUAUGGCCGGAGUUUCAUUUGAAGAGAAAGAGUUUAAGCAAUUGAUAUUGUCUAUAAUAACAUUACCUGAUGAAAAACAACAAACAGGCAUUUUGAAUUUAACAAUUUCUAUUAUUAAAUUCAAACCUUCUCCAAUAAGAAACAUCCAAAAUAUUGACCAGAUUGUUACUUUGUUGCAUGGCCAGAUAAACACUACUAGUGAGAACAACAUCUCUAAAGUUAUAGAAUUGAUUAUUUUGACACAUAAAAAUAACAAAUUCUAUACUUUGUCCUUACAAGAUCAUUUGGACAUUGUUUUCCAUUUGAUUUCACAAAGAAAAUAUUCAGAACAAUUAUAUGAUAAUUUGGAAAAGUUGUUAUUACUUUAUCCUGAAUUAUUCAAGAUUGUUUCUUACUUCUCUUUCGUCGGAGAAAAAAUGACACUUUACGAUAACGUACAACCGAUGGCAGAAUACGUUAUUUCGCCAGGAUGGAGUUUGUGGUCGAUUUGGACUGCAAUUCACCAUGAGAAUGAUAAAAUCAUUGAUUUUAUCGCUAAAUGCGACCCAUCACAGUGGAUGAAGAUUUAUGCGACGAUAGAAACCGCCGCAAUUAUUGAGAAUGUUGACAAAUAUAAUUUUUUGUCAAUUUUCUUGACAAAAUGUGUCACUUUUUGUGUUGAAUCGAAUGUUCAAGAAAAAUUUACUGUUGAACUUAUGCAAUUAGUAUAUAACUUUUUGUUCUACCACACGAAACCAUCGCCAAACGUUGCUUUGUACAGUUUACUUUAUGAAUUUUAUUAUCAAAAAAGUGACAUCACUUACAUUGACUUCACUUCAACUGGUGACAUAUCAGAGAAUUCAUCAGAAGUUCCAUCUUGGUCGAAAUUGGCUCCAAAACCAGUUGAGAAUUUCAUGAAUUUCAAGAUUAUUCCAAGAAAACAAAUAUUUUCAAUGAGAGUCACUUUUGAAGAAAUGCCGUUUAAUAAUUCAUAUCACAACAGUCCGAAAACUAAAAAAUCUCAUAAACAAAUUACAAAAAGUGACAUUUCAUCAUUGAUUGAAGACAAAAUUGAUGAAAACAACGAAAAUAUUUCAUUGAAUGAAAAAGUUGAAUAUGUUCCAAAAGGCGGCAACAGUUUGCAAAUAGCCAAAGGAGAUUUGAUCAAUAAGAAGUUUGUUUGGGAAGAUUCUAAAGUUGCUUUAAUUAGUUUGGAUUUAAUAAAGAAAUAUCCAAAUCCAGAAACAAUAAACAGAGCAAUAAUCAUCGCAGGAUUCCUUGCACAUACAAUGAAAGAUGAAGUCGUGAAAUGGAUAAGCGAUGUUAAAGUUUUGAUUGAAAAAUCAAAUUAUUUCCCAUUCCUUCUCAUGAAAUUGCAAAAUUCAUCAUGUUUCGUUGAAGGAAACAAUUCUCUUAAUAAUCUUGAUGAACUUAUUCCUAUUUUCGGAGAUAAUUAUCAUAAAAAGAUCAAACAAAACUAUGAUAAAAUCGAGAAACUGCUCACAGCAAGUUUCCAAAAUGAUUCUGCAACGUUGAUUGAUAAUUACAUGGUUGAUUACUGUGAAUCAGCUGAAAAUUACAGGAACAGGAAAACAGAAAACGACAAAUUGUGGAGAACAUUUUGGAGAAAUGCUUCUGCAAGUGGUGGUCCAUGGUCAUUGGAACAAAAGGAAAUUAAAUGGAAGAGAGAUCCUUCAUUGCAAAACUAUAAUUGUCCAUUUAAACUCCGACCAAACAACAAAUUCGAUAACCACAUGAAGGCAUCUAUCGCAAGAGAUGAAGGAAACAUGAAUACAGCUGUUGAAAAAACAAAGAUUUACGAAGAAGAACUCAAAAGAAAAUACGCUGAAAACAAACCUCCUGUUUUACUUGAAAUUAUUGAUGACAAAGAUUUGGACGAUAGAAAAAUUGACACUGACGAUACACAGAAAAUUUUGUUUAGUUUCGAAUGCGAGUAUAUUACAAUCAAGAAGACAUUGAACUGCAAAUUUAACAUACAUUCCAAUUUUGCACAUUUAAUAUCUGAAGACAAAAAGAUCAGACAAAUCAAUUUCUUUGAUAUAAGAAUGUUACUUUGGCGUAGAAGAUUCCAUCAUAAAACAGCCAUUGAAAUAUUCCUUAUCAAUGGUCGUUCAUAUCUCUUGAAUUUCCCUAAUUCUACAUCCCAAAACAUCGUAAAUAAAAUACAGAUCCAAGGAUUACCAAAUGCGAUUUAUGUCCAGAAAACAGACAUGAGUUCAUUCUUUAAGAGUUUGGGAUUUACAGAGAUGUGGCAGAAGAGACAAAUCACAAACUUUGAUUAUUUAAUGCGCCUUAACAUUUUCAGUGGUCGAUCAUUUAAUGAUCCAUCCAAUUAUCCAUUCUUACCAUGGACAUUGACUGAAUUCACACAGCAAGAAAUUGAUCUCAAAGACAAAUCAGUCUAUAGAGAUUUAAGUUUGCCAAUUGGAUGCAUUGGUGAUGAAAGAAUGGAAGCAUUACAAGAUAGAAUGGCCGAUAUGUUACAAUUUGGUCAAAAUCCAUUUUUGUUUUCAUCAUUUGCCAUUUGUCCAUUGAGUUUAUAUUUGUGGCUUCUUAGAUUGGAACCAUUCACGACAAUGCACAUCGACAUGCAAUCAGGAAAAUUCGAUCAUGCUUCUAGAUUGUUUGCAAGUAUUCCUGAUACGUUUAAAUUAGUCAUUACACACAUGAAUGACUACAGAGAACUUAUUCCUGAGUUCUUCUUCCAACCAAGCUUCCUUUUGAACGAAAAUAACUUCGAUUUGGGACAAUCAAAAGGCAGGAAGAUUGGCGAUGUAGAAUUACCUCCAUGGAGUCAUCAACAAAUUUAUGAAUUUGUUAAAAUAAUGCGUCAAAGUUUGGAAAGUGAUAUUGUCAGUGAACAACUUAAUAAAUGGAUUGAUUUAUUCUACGGAUUGGAUCAAAAACCAGUUCCUAAUUGUAACUACGGUAUUCUUUACAAUCCGAAUUCAUAUGAAUCAAUUUGGACAAAAGAUAAUUUGCAAGAUCCUGCACAAAGAGCUUCAAUUGAAGCAGCAAUGUGUCAUAUCGGAUCAAUGCCUCCUCAAUUAUUCAGCACAAAACAUCCUAAGAGACAGGCACGUAUACCACGAAAAUUGUUGCAAAAUAAUCUUUCAGCAAAUAUUACAAGUGGACCACUUUCUUGCGGUGUUUUGAUCACUAAAAACGACAAAGUUGCAAUUGUUGUUUCUGAUUCUCAAUUCGUAAAAAGUGUCACUGUUUUUUGUGGAGAAAAUCAAAUUGAUGUUCCAAAGAAAUUCACGUAUAAUCACUUCAUACAAGAUGUUAUUUAUAUCACACGUGAAUUCCUUUAUUUGACAAAAGCAGGUCGAGUUUCUGUUUUGAACAGAGAUGGAACUUGGAGUGAAUUAGAUUCAACACUUUUAUCCGGUGUUUCAUUGGUUUCAAGUUCACAAGGUUACCACAGUUUUGUUACAAGUUAUGGAUCAACAUUAGCUGUUUUAGGGCCAAACAUUAAGUACACAAUUCCAUUUUACGGAGAAAAGAUUUUGUCCAUUGAUAUGAGCAAAGAAUUCGGAUCAAUUGUUUGUGGAACAUCAAAGAAAAACAUUGUUUUCAUCAAUUUAUUCGAAGAAUCUAAAAUCAAUGUCGUCAAAUUAGAUUUUGUUCCUAAAUUCAUUUCAAUUUCUCCUUCAUUUGGAUUUGUUUGCGCUUGUGGAGGAUCUAACUUCAUCAUCAUGGAUAUCAAUGGAAGAAAGAUCAAUUCUACAUCUAAACUUGGCCAAGUUACAAGUUUAUCUUCUUAUUCUGAUGAAGAUGGUUUCGAUUAUUUCAUUGCUGGCUGCGAAGACGGAAAAGUCUAUGUUUGCGACGCUUUCGAUGGUUUCUCAAACAGUGUUGUCCAUAGAUGUGGUAACAGAGUUAUUGCUACAGCUCACAGUGAUACUCCUUUCGCUACAAUUUGCUUGACUGAAAAUGGAAAUAUUCAUUAUUUCCCAAUGGUUUGA